GCUCCAUCAACCUCUAAAUAUCUCGCUCAACGUCCAUAAACCCUCAUCUUCGACUAACCCCACCGCAUACACACCCUCCGACUACCUCAGCUAUGAAUCACCUUCCACAAGCUUGGGGUCGUCCCAGAGAUGAUGUUUACGGCGCCUACGACGGUUCAUAUCUGCAAAGCCAUGGACCAAACCAACAUACUCAACAGCCCAUCGUCACGGGUACUUCGGUUAUAGCUCUCAAGUUCCAGGAUGGCGUUGUGAUAGCGGCAGAUAAUUUAGCCUCCUAUGGAUCUCUUGCUCGAUUCACAGAUGUGAAGCGUCUCCGAAAGUUUGCAGGUACCUCAGUUGUUGGCUUUGGUGGCGACGUUUCAGACAUGCAAUACCUAGACCGCCUUCUCAACUCUCUCGAUAUCGAAGAAGCCUACAGCUCGUCCGGUCACUCUCUUAAUGCAAAGAACCUCCACACCUACCUCUCCAAAGUCCUCUACAAGCGCCGAUCCGACUUCAAUCCAUUGUGGAAUCAGCUCUUGGUAGCAGGUCUGGACGAUGACAAGAAGCCAUUCUUGGCGAGUGCGGAUUUACUUGGUACAACAUUCAGUGCGCCAAGUUUGGCUACUGGAUUUGGAGCACACUUGGCCCAACCGCUGUUAAGAAAGGUUGCUCCAGAUGAGAUGGCUGCGUCAAAGUUAUCAAAGGAGCAAGCAUUGGCGGCCGUCAAGGAGAGCAUGAAGGUGUUGUUCUACAGAGAUGCCAGGAGUUUGGACAAGUAUUCAAUUGCGAUCAUCACAGCGGACGGUAUUGAUCUGAAGGAGGAUGAGAAGUUGGAGAACCAGAGCUGGGCAUUCGCGGAUCAGAUUCGGGGUUAUGGUACUCAAGUCAACUGAGAGGGGUUGAGCUUUAGUUGUACUAUUAGAGAAUAAAUGGCAUGAGACAUGACUCGCAGCAUUUUGCAUUCAUGCCGGGCCUUCAGGACUACCGCAUUCAAUUCUUGAAUCCUCAGUGUAUGAGCCUCACAUACUGCAAUGACAUAACUCCAAGGCCUUCCAAGUGCAAUAAGAAGAAAG